UUACAGCCACCGAAGACCAACUGCAACAGCAAACAAGUCAAGGAAAAUAUGACUCGAACGAUGGAGUGGGCAGCAAGAGGGAGCCACAUGAGAGGAAUACCAAGAAAGAUGGUGAUUAUGGCCGUUGGAGCAUUUGCAAAGGCAGUUGCCAAUCUUCUUAACACCACUACAGUCCAUAAUGCUGAUACCCUUAUCAAUCUUGUUCGAUCUAGACCCCUUGGGGUGCCCCUAAUCACUGUUAGCAAUCACAUGUCCACGUUGGAUGAUCCAGUGAUGUGGGGAUUCAAGGGGUUUCCUAUUUUUGAUUCAAAUUUGGCUAGAUGGGCACUUGCAGCUGAAGACAUUUGUUUCAAGAAUUCAUUGCUGUCUUAUUUUUUCCGUAUUGGGAAAUGUAUACCUAUUACAAGGGGUGGUGGAAUCUAUCAAAAGCACAUGAAUGAAGCUCUUGAGCGGUUGAGUGAUGGAGAAUGGCUACAUACCUUUCCUGAAGGAAAAGUGUCUCAAGAAGAUGCUCCUAUAAGGCGAUUGAAAUGGGGAAUUGCUAGUCUCAUUGUUCGUUCCCCCGUAACUCCAAUAGUUCUGCCAAUUGUUCAUCAUGGUUUUGAAGAGGUGAUGCCUGAAAAUUUUUGGUUUGGGAGAAGGCCUCCUUUUCCGUUGUGUAAUAAGAGCAUCAACAUAGUUAUUGGCGAGCCUAUGGAAUUCAACCUUCCUAAAAUGACACAAAUGGCAAUUUCUAUGUCCCGUAAUUUGCAUAAUCCUACCAGAGGAUGGCCCAUCCUUUCCCUGUCUGGAUUGGAUGAAGCAGCACAGAGAUGUCUCUACACUAGUAUUUCAGACCAGAUUCAGACCUCCAUGGAAAGCUUAAGGAGUUCAAGUAAAAAGUUAUCUGAGGCAAAAUCUCUGAAUUCUGGACAGGUAGAAGAGUAGAGAAUAUCUUCGUGCAUGUCUUCUAUCAGGCAUGCAUGGUGGUAGGGGAUAUGCAUGUGAUUAUUUCCAAAAGUUUAUGGUAAUGAUAAAUACACCUUUGUUCUGGUCACAUUUCGUGGAAUCAAUUUCAAAAAUUUAAAUGAGGGGGGAAGCACAAGACAUCCUUUCAUUAGUUCAAAUUCUUGAUUCUUUUUGCAUCUCUUUGAGGGUGGAUAGAAAGGUGUGAUAAUUUUUCUUGUGCACUCCAUAUCCUUAUUCAUUUCCCCUCGAAAAAAUUGUAUCUGGAAGGAUGAGAAGCAGGUUGGUCCCUAAGGUUUUUAAAACGACAAUCCUAAUGAUUUGAAACAAGAGAAGAGAGCUCAUUGAGCAUUGCCUCUUGAUGGUUUUAUGUAAUUUAAUUGUGAGCAAAUACAUAAUCAGCACCUCUUACAGUGUCAUGGGGUAUUUGGACAACGCUCUUCACCACUUGCAGUGACUACUGAACAAUUGGUAUCCUUGCCUAGGGUGAAAGAUCUGCAAUUGAUUCUUUUAGAGGUAUAUUGGAGGGUGAAUGAUUGUAAUCGAAGCAACUUUCUGUGGCUACAGGAGUCUCUGCUGAGAUUCAUUGGAACUGGAACACUGUAAUUUGAUGUUCUAAAUCGUUUUUUUAUUGUGAAGGACGUUCUAUCUGCCUUGCUUGUAAUCUUCGCAAUAGGUAUUCUUUAAUGGAAUUAUCUUCUUCCAUUGCCUGCA